UAGCUUCAGAAUGAUGCAGACAUCUGAAUAAUGUGAAGGAUAUAUUCAUUAGUGCAAAAUCUGUGACGAUGUUUCAUGAUAAUGAGGAAGACGAUGAGUCAUGCUUGGAAGAAAUUGGGAAGCUGUCUUCAUUCUCUCUAGAAACAGAAAUUCAAUUGAUCACUCAUGAAAAAUUUAAGGAGAGAUUAAAAAAGCUCGAAAAAGAUAUUGAGCAUGGAUAUGACACCAUUGAGGAAACUAUUUGUUUUCACAAUUUUGUUUCCUUUCUAUACUGGAAAUGUGACAAAACAAAAAGAGCCAUGGAGCUAGCUACAAAGGCCCGUGAACUGGGAAGUAAGAUCUCAUCGUUAGGAGAAACGAAAAAUAUAGUAACCAUUUGUAAUUUUUAUCACUUUCAUAAAGGAAAAGGAGAUGUAGUUAAAUCCAGAAAGUUUCUUAGACAGUUUAAAGAAUUGUCAAAAAGAGAUGAUUUCAAAAAACUCAAAUAUAGUGCAAAAGCAGAAUUAGCUGUAUGCAUUUCAAAACUCGGUCCGUUUUGUGCAACAAAAGCAAUUGGGAUGUUCCGCGAAUCUGUUGAAAAAAUCUCUACAACUGUAGAUUGCUGGCAGUUUUAUUUUGCAUUGACACUAAGAAGAAAAACACAUUUACUUGCCAUUCAGAAUAAGACUGAUGCACAGUUGGUAGAGGAGGAUAGAGAGGCGUUUGAUUUAUUUAUGAAAGUUAUUAAAAACACUUCUUCGAAAAACUUGAAAACCAGAUCAUUGUGUGAGAUUGGAUUGAUAAUUUACAAUAAUCGCUACAAACAAAACAGAUAUAGGGAUAUGAAUCACAUGGAAUACUUUGAAGAGGCGGUUAAAGUCAACCCCAAGUCCUACCAUGCACUCCAGCGCUACGGACAGCACUUGAGAUAUCAGAAAAAUCUAGAGAAAUCAAGAGAAAUACUUGAAAAAUCCCUGAACAUUCGGGAAACAGCCAUUGCUUAUCAUCAUCUUGGUUUAACUUUUCAAAAAAUGGUUUUACUAGAAUAUAGUGAAAAAAAGAAAGCAAAACCUUCACAUCGGAAAAAUAUGCCAAGACAAAAAUCUUUGAAAGUGAGAAGUCCAAAUAUGAAGAACAACAACUUGGAUAAAACAUUAAUUGGAGACACGAGUCACGGACAAAUGAGGGCGAAAAUGAAAUCAGUUAGACAUCCACCGCCAUAUCCAGGAGAUGACCGUCUGCUGAAUGCUGAACAAAAUCUAGAAAAAGCUUUACUCUUAGACGUCUCUUUUGAUAAAGCACGAUAUGACUUAGGACUCGUUCAGAGAAUGCUUGAAAAAAGUGAUGAAGCUCUUGAGAAUUUUAGGUACAUAACAAACAGUUACAAAGGAAAAACAAGUAACCAAAUUCAACUGCUUUUUGCAUAUGAACAACAAGCAUUUUGUAGAUUUGAUCUUUUUGAAACCAGUAAGAAUGAAAAUGACAUAAUCAAUGCAGUAGAUGCCUUAAAUAGAGCUUUGGAUAUCUUGUCUUUGUAUAUAGAUGCUCUUCCAGAUUUGAAAAGUGUAUCUUCUUGCAUCCGGGAGUUAGAAGAAACAAUGAACAAAUAUGAUUGCUUGCACUUGGGAGAAGAAAGCAGGAAAGAUAACUUUGCUCGUUUAUAUGAAAAGUCAAAGGAGUACAAAAAGGCAUACGAGCUUUACUCGACAUGUGAGCCUAAAACUGCAGCUGUUUUUCAAAAUAUGGUUGAAAAUUUGAAAGCUGCUGGAGAUUAUGAAAAUGCCAUUGGUAUAUUAAAUAAACUAAUUACAGACAAAGACCCAAACAUCCCAUCUAGACAAUUCUUAUUUCGGAUGUACAUGGAGGGAGCCUCAUACUCAUUAGAAAAUAGAAAUUUUGAGGAAACAAAGAUGAGGUUCCUACAAUGCCGAAAAUGCGUUCCAGCCUGGGAAAGCUAUGAUGAAGAAAACAUGAUAGAUUUCCACAUUCUGCAUAUUUGUGAAGAAAGAUGUCCACUUGCAGAGAAGUUGGUACAAGUACUAACACAGUCAUUGUUCAUAAAGUGGAACGUCACAAAGAAUCUAGAUGAUUGUAAACCAGGACACAAAAUUACAAUAUAUCACAAAGAUGUUAUCGAAAGAACAAAAUUCAAAUUACUCUAUUACCAUGAGAACCAGUUGGACUGUGAUGAUAAUAAUGGCGAGUUUCUUAAAAUGCAGCUUGAGCAUCUCAGCAUUAGUAAGGAAAAGGAUGUGCUGAACGUUAUUCAAGGUGAUGUAGAACAGCCACCUCACCACCCAACUAUCGUCCUCCCGAAUGACUUUGCUUCUGCAGAAGAAGAUGGCGAAGAGGACCUGGACAUGCAUGCCUUAGAGGGUCGUCUUAUACUCGACAUCCUUAUGAAAACAUUUGGACUUCAAGAAACAAUGCUUCUUAACAGUGAUGAAGAGAAUGAGUCAUGUUUGGAGGAAAUUCGAAAACUCUCUUCAUUCUAUCUAGAAGCAGACAUUCAUUUAAUCAAUCAUCGAAAGUUUGAGGAACGACUAAAUAAGCUUGUUAAAGACAUUGAAUUUGGAUAUGACACCACUGAGGAAACUAUUUGUUUUCAUAAUUUUGUUUCAUUUCUAUAUUGGAAAUGUGAUGAAAGAAAAAAAGCGAUUGAGUUAGCCACAAAGGCCCUUGAGCUGGGAAAUAACACCUCGUCGCUAGGAGCAACGGACAAUAUAGUAACGAUAUGUAAUUUUUAUCACUUUCAUGAAGGAAAUGGAGAUGUAGUUGAGUCCUAUAAGUUUCUUAGACAGUUCAGAGAAUUGUCCAAAAGAGAUGAUUUUCAACAACUUAAAUAUAUUGCAAAAGCAGAAUUAGCCGUAAGUAUUUCAAAGCUCGGUCCGUUUUGUGCAACAAAGGCGAUUGAUAUGUUCCGCGAAUCUGUUGACAAAAUAUCUACAACUGUAGAUUGCUGGCAGUUUUAUUUUGCAUUGACUUUAAGAAGAAAAACACAUUUAUUUACUAUUCAGAAUAAGACGGAUGCAGAGUUACUAAAGGAAGAUAGAGAGGCGUUUGAUAUAUUUAUGAAAGUUAUUGAAAACACUUCUUCGAAAAACUUGAAAUCCAGAGCAUUAACUGAAGUUGGAUUAAUAAUUUACAAUAAUCGAGACAAGUAUAAGGACGAGAAUUACAUGGAAUACCUUGAAAAGGCGGUAGAAGUCAAUCCCAAGUCAUACCAUGCACUUCAGCGCUACGGACAGUAUUUGAGAUAUGGGUUAAAGCUACAGAAAUCAAAGGAAAUACUUGAAAAAUCUCUGAAAAUCCGGGAAACAACCAUUGCUUAUCAUCACCUUGGUUUAACUUUUCAAAAAAUGGUUUUACUAGAACAUAGUGAAAAAAAGAAAGCAAAGCUUGCAAAUCGGAAAAAUAUGUCAAAACAAGAUUCCACAAAGGUAAGAGGAAUAAGUAACAGCAACAGUGUUGAAACAACAUUUGUGAAGACGAGUCGAGAUCCGUUACAAGUAAGAGCAAAAAUGAAAUCAGUUAGAUAUGUACCUCUGUAUCCAGGAGAUGACCGUCUGCUGAAUGCUGAACAAAAUCUAAAAAAAGCCUUACAGAUAGUCGUUUCUUUCAAUCAAGCACGAUAUGACUUAGGACUCGUACAAAGAAUGCUUGGAAAAAGUGACAAAGCUCUUGAGAAUUUUAGAUUUAUAACAAACAGUUACAAAGGAAAAACAAGUGACCAGAUUCAAUUGAUUGUUGCAUACGAGCAACAGGCAUUUUGUAGAUUUGAUCUAUUUAAAACCAGUAAGAAUGAAAAUGACAUAAUCAAUGCAGUAGAUGCUUUAAAUAGAGCUUUGGAUAUUUUGUCUUUGUAUAUAGACCCUCUUCCUGAACUAAAAAGUGUAUCUUCUUGCAUCCAGGAGAUAGAAGACAUUAUGAACAGAUAUGAAUAUAUGCACUCGGGAGAAGAAAGCAGAAAAAACAACUUUGCUCGUUUAUAUGAAAAGGCGAAGGAGUACAAAAAAGCAUACGAGCUGUAUUCGAAAUGUGAGCCAAAAACUGCCGAUGUUUAUCAAAAGAUGGUUGAAAAUUUGAAAGCCGCCGGAGAUUUUGAAAAUGCCAUUGGUAUAUUAAAUAGAUUAAUUGUAGACAAAGACCCGAACAUCCCAUCUAGAAAAUUCUUAUUUCGAAUGUACAAAGAUGGAGCCGCACACUCGUUAGAAAAUAGAAAUUUUGAGGAAACAAAGAUGAGGCUCCUACAAUGUCGGAAAUGCAUUCCAGCCUGGGAAGUACAUACUGAGAACUGCUAUGAUGAAGAUAACAUGCCAGAUUUCUACAUUCUGCAUAUAUGUGCAGAAAGAUGUCUACUUGCAGAGAAGUUAGUCCAUGUACUUGCACAGUCCUUUUUCAUAAAGUGGAAUGUCACGAAGAAUGUAGAUGAUUGUAUACCAGGACAUGCAAUUACAAAAUAUCUCACAGACAUUAUCAAAAGAGCAAAAUUCAUACUACUCUUCUAUCAUGAGAACCAAAUGGAUUGUGAUGAUAAUAAUGGCGAAUUUCUUAAAAUGGAACAUGAGCGUCUCAGCAUUGAUAAGGAAAAGGAUGUGCUAAACGUUAUUUAUGGGGAUGCCGAACAGCCAUCUCACCAUCCAACUAUCGUUCUUCCGAAUGACUUUGCCACUGCUAAAGGUGACCCUGAGACACAUGAUUUGGAGGGUCGUCUGACACUGGAUAUUCUUAUGAAAACAUUUACACUUUCAAGGAACACUUAA